AUGGUAAACAAAACAUUGUGCGCUAUACUGUCGAGAUCCAAGCCAGCCUCGUCCGAGGGUGCGAAGAAGUCAGGGUCGGAGAAGAAGAUACCAAAGUUGGAGGAAUUCUUGGAGAAACGUGAUUACACCGGUGCAUUGACGCUUUUGGAGUUCAACAGUAGCUCUGGGAGUAAUUUGGACACCGAACUAUGGAUGGGAUAUUGUGCUUUCCAUCUUGGGGACUACAAACGCGCGGCUACCGUCUACGAGGACUUGAUCAACAAGGAUCAAACAAUCUCGGAUCUGUCGUUGAACUUGGCCUGCUGCUACUUCUACCUCGGCAUGUACCCUGAGUCUCAGAGAGUUCUCGAAGAUGCUCCGGAGUGUAAACUGAAGAACAGGCUGUUGUUCCACUUGGCCCAUAAAAUGGACAACGACUCGAAAUUUGUCGAGUACAACAACAAACUGGAGAACGUCAUAGAGGACCAGUUGAGUUUAGCAUCCGUUCACUACCUGAGAGCUCAUUACCAGGAAGCUAUCGACGUUUACAAGAAGAUUCUGCUGGAGAACAGAGACUAUUUCGCAUUGAACGUGUACGUCGCGUUGUGCUACUACAAGCUGGACUACCACGAGGUAUCCCAGGAAGUUCUCCAGGUGUACCUGCAAAAGUAUCCCGACAGCGCGAUCGCCAUCAAUCUGAAAGCUUGCAACACUUUUCGCCUGUACAAUGGGACCGCCGCGCAGAACGAGAUGAAACAGCUGAUGGACAAGAUGUCGAACUCGCUGAGCUUCAGCCACGAUGUUAUUCGCCACAAUACGGUCGUGUUCAAAGGCGGAGAAGGGGCGCUGCAAAUUUUGCCGAACUUGGUGGACGUGAUUCCCGAGGCUCGACUAAAUCUUGUGAUCUACUAUUUGAAGCAGGACGACGUUCGGGAGGCGUACGAGCUGAUCAAGGACCUCGAGCCAGCUGUUCCACAGGAGUACAUUUUAAAAGGGAUAGUGAACGCCGUGAUGGGGCAAGAAACUAAUUCCAGGGAAAACAUAAAAACGGCCCAUCAGUACUUUCAACAAGUUGGAAAAUCGGCGUCGGAAUGCGACACCAUACCCGGUAGACAGUGCAUGGUUUCCUCCUUCUUCCUCUCGCGUCAAUUCGAAGACGUUCUGAUGUAUCUGAACACGAUCAAGACUUACUUCUCCAACGAGGACUACGACUACUUCAAUUUCAAUUAUGCCCAGGCUCAGGCUGCAGCCGGCUAUUUCAAGGAAGCGGAGGAAGCUUUCUUGACCAUUCGAAACGAGAAGUAUAAGAACGACUACAUUUACAUCAGCCUUCUAGCCCGUUGCUAUAUAAUGAACAAGAAGCCCCAGCUCGCUUGGAAUCUGUACCUGAAAAUGGACACGUCCAGAGAGUCGUUCAAUCUAUUGCAAUUAAUUGCGAACGAUUGCUACGAGGUCGGCGAAUUUUGGUAUUCGGCGAAGGCUUUCGACAUGUUGGAAAGAAUGGACCCGAGCCCUGAAAAUUGGGAAGGAAAGCGCGGCGCAUGCUGCGGCACAUUUCAGUACAUCGUAGCCGAGAAGCAGCCAAAGGAGCUUUUGACCGAGGUGAUACAACUCCUGAAAAACACUUCGAACUCUCAAGUGGAGCAAAUUAUCCGAGUGAUGCGUAAAUGGGGUAAAGAUAACCGCAUCAAUUGUUGAUGACUAGAAGUGGUUCUAAAGUGGGCGUUAUCGUUAAUUGUAUCGACCAGGAGUGGCCUUAUCUACCGAUCAAACAAUAUGACAUUGUUAAUGCGUUUCGCACGAGCCCGGACACAAUGAUUUCCAUGAACGAACGACGACGAGUCGCGGAGGUCGCGGCGGCCGCUGAUGAUUUAAUAUAAAAUAGAUAUAUUUAAACUGUGA